AUGCGCAGUGCAGACUCUGCACUGCACUUCUCUGGCUCCUCCAGUCAAGGAGCUGAGGUGAAUAACGUUGGUAAAGAUGGUUUUACCCCAUUACGACUAGCUGCAUGUAAUGGUCAUCUUGAUGUCACCAAAUGGCUGAUAAAUCGAGGAGCUGAAGUGAAUACAGGUGAUAGUGUGGGUUGGACUGCAUUACAUUUAGCCGCUUUUAAUGGUCAUCCUGAUGUGACCAAAGAACUAAUCAAUCAAUGUGCUGACUUUAACCACACCAAUUAUGAUGGUUGGACUGCAUUACAUGCAGCUGCUAAUGAAGGACAUCUAGAUGUUGUCACAGAAUUAAUCAGUCAAGGAGCUGAUGUUGAUAAGGCUAGUGACAACGGAUGGUCAGCAUUAUAUCUUGCUGCAGCUGCUGGUCGUGUUCGUGUUUCAAGUGCUUUGCUUAGUCAGCAAGCUGAGCUGGCCACAUCAAAUAUAAUUCAUUGGACGGAGUUUCAUUCCGCUGCAGAGAGAGGCGACCUUGAUGCCAUGAAAGAUCAUGUCAGUCAAGGAGCCAAGCUGAAUAAAGCUGGUUCUUUUGGUUGGACAGCCUUACACAUUGCAGCAAGUAAUGGCCAUCUUAAUAUGACAAAAUAUUUGCUGAGUAAAGGAGCAGAUGUGAAUUCUAGCAAUGACUUUGGUAGGUGUGCCUUGCAUAGUGCCGCAGAGAAAGGGAACUUGGAUGUCGUGGAAUAUCUGAUCAGUGAAGGGGCCGAUAUGAAUAAGGGAAAUGACCGUGGAUUGACUGCCCUACAUUUUGCAUCAUCGUCUGGCCAUUUAGAUAUCGUCAAAUCCCUCAUCGGCAGAGGGGUUGAGGCAGAUAUUUGCAAUGCAUAUGGAACUACUGCUCUCCAUUAUGCUUUAUUUAAUCGUCGGAUCGACAUUACGAAGUAUCUGCUUAGCCAAGGCUCUGAACUGAUUAAGAGAAGCGUUCGGAACUCCGUCAUCUUACAAUUUGAUGGACAGUAUGGUCAUUAUGAUGUUGUGCGAUGUGUGCAGAGUCGUGUAGGUCACGCAGUUAGCAGAUUCAGGGAUUCUUUCACUGUCUUUAGAGGUACUCCAGAAAGUGAUCUUGGUAGAACCAAAUAUCAAGAUGGCGAUGAGGAUAAGACACUUAAAGGGGGAAUGGUUAUUGUGAAAAUGACACGUAUAUCGUCUGAUCUUAACAGUCAUGAAGAUCUUCUUGUAAGUGAAGGAGGCAGAACAGCUGGUAGCACAUCAUUACAAUAUGCUACAGAAGGUGGCUGUCUUGCAGUUGUUCGGUAUCUGAUUACUCAAGGAGCUGAAGUGAACGAAAGCAACAAUGCUGGCUGGACUGCUCUUCAUGUUGCUGCGCAAGUGGGUCGUCUUUUUAUUGUAGAUUAUCUACUUGAACAGGGAGCUGAAGUAAACAAAGGAGACUUCGAUGAUAUCUCGCCUUUGCAUGUUGCUGCAUUUGUUGGCCAUUGUGAUGUUACCGAGCAUUUGGUUAGGCGAGGAGCAGAGGUCAACGGCGCCACCAAUGAGAAAGGUUCAACAGCCCUACAUGUCGGAGUGCAGAACGGGCAUCUUGAUAUCACAACAUUUUUGCUCAACCACGGAGCCGAAAUUGAUGCGACAGACAAUGAUGGUUGGACUCCCUUGCAUAUUGCUGCUCAGAACGGUCACAUCGAUAUCAUGAGGUGUCUACUUCAGCAACUUGCAGAUGUUAACAAGGUUACCAAGAAGGGAUCAUCUGCAUUGCAUUUGUCUGCUGCAAAUGGACAUACCGAUGUCACAAGAUAUCUAUUAGAGCACGGAGCUGGAGUAAAUCUGAGUAAACCUGAUCAGACUGCGUUGCAACUCGCCGCAGAACAAGACCAAGUUCAUGGAGCAAGUUCAGAUGCGUGGUGUGCUGAAGGGCAGAAACACCCUUUCCCCCCAAAUGGCCAUGCAGACACUGAGGCUUUAACAGAAGAUGAGAAGAAGGUUGUUGGACAACAUGCUGAGAAAGGCUGCACAGCAGUUCAUUUAGCCACGCGGAAUGGCAACACCUCCAUCAUCGAGACAUUAGUUUCCCAUGGCGCUGAUCUCAACAUCCAGUCCAUCGACGGAGAGACCUGUCUUCACGAAGCCAUCAGACUUUGUGGUAGGAAGGACAUCAACGUUGAAGCAACACCAGUACUCCAAAGGAUCUCAGCAGAGUUCUAUCAGAAUGAAUUGUCUCCCAAGAAGGCCCUGGUCUUCUAUCUCUUGGACCAUGGAGCAAAGCCGGACAUCAAGGAUAACCAAGGCAACCUACCAGUCCACUAUGCCAAGGAUGAAAUCACUCGCCAGAUGAUUUUCUCAAGGUCUCCUGCCAUGGACAUCAUCAGAGCUGAUCGAGACAAAUACCAUUGUGAAGGCAUCUUCGACCAUAAUGGAGGAGAGCUGCAGAUCCCGUCAUACGGAUUCACUCUUUCCAUCCCUCCCGGUGCGCUGCAAGAGGGUUCUAGUGAAACGAUCACUUUAGAUGUUCUCAAAGACAUUCCACCUGCAAUCACUCUAAGACCCGAUGAGACGAUUCUUACCUAUGGCUUUCAGUGUCUUCCGUCAGGAUUACAAUUUGUAUCAGAGAAACCUGUCAGAUUGAAGAUUCCUCAUUGUGCCAACCUCAUUGAUCCGACAAAAGUGCUGGUCGUUAUGUACUUCUGGAAUCACGAAGGAGAAGCUGAUCGCAUUGUACAAACUUCAGGAACCUGUCUGGUUACAUGCAACCAUGUGGAGAUUUCACUGGAGCACUUUACAAUAGGACUUCCGGCCUUCAUUACAAAUCUGUUCUACAUGAAAAGCAAACGAAUGUCCUUCAUGCCUUUUCUUCCAAAGAUUAUGCCACAGUGUAGAGAAAUGCCGCUCGAGUUUCGUAUGGCCAACAAACCUCAUGGAAACUCUUGGAGAGAUGUUCAUGAAAUCGGAGAGAAAGCAGAGUAUCAACCCGCUAAAGAUGAUGAUGAUGAGAUGAAUGUCAAAUGUGAAGAUAUGGAAAUCACUUGCCAACUGAAUGAUAAUGACACAUGUAGAAAGAUGUACAGACGAUUGGCAAAAUACUCCGAAGUAACACUCCUUGGUCCGGAUCACGAGCUACAGAGCGACAAUUUUCCUCGUGCAACCUAG